CAAAUAAUGCUCACACUCGUAAACCAAAUCGUCAGCAGGCUUCUAAGUCCUCAUCGAAUUGUUGUUGUUCUGAGUCAAAGCAGUCUGACAUACCUAGCCCAGCUGUGUUCACACCUAGCUUGACUCGUCCAGUCAGUCAAGCAUCAUCAAUUUCAGUGUCUGACACUUCGAGUGUCACAACUGUUGUCACUCCGACCUCGUCGACAAGUUCACAAGCCAUCAGCAAUUCAAACUGUGCGCAUUCAAACUCACCUAGCUUGUUACAACGAGUUAACAUCAUGCCCACAGCGCAAUUGCAUAUUUUGAGUAAAAAUAAUCAAGUUAUUUCAUGUCGCGCACUGCUUGAUACCAGUAGUGAUGCUUGCUUCAUUUCCAAGGCUCUUGCUUCUCAAUUGGACCUUGACUCUGUGUAUUCUAAUAAUACCAUUCACACUGUGUCUGGUACCAGUUCAGCACCUGUGUGUACUGCUGCUGUUCAUACAUUCUCCUGACCGAACGUGGUCGAAGGAAGUCAGUUGCAUAUUAACUGAGAAAAUUACCCCUAGCAUUCCUCCAUUUGGGCUCAACUUACAAAACUUCAAUAUUCCACCCAAUGUUAAGUUAGCUGACCCUGAAUUUCAUGUUUCUAAGGGAGUCGACCUGCUUCUCAGUGUUGCUAUCUAUUCUUCUAUCCAAGCUUGUGGUCAAAUUCAGUUAGCUGAUGAAUGCACUCUUCAAAAUACCAAACUGGGUUGGGUUGUUUGGGGAGCUAUCACGCCUAACAUUCUCAAUUCAUGCGAGCAACCCGUUAGCUCAAAUUGUGUGUCAACUCAUGACAUUUCCAGACAAUUAGAGAAGUUUUGGAAAAUUGAGGAAGUCCUUCCCAAAGAUAGCGUAACUAAGGAGCAGCAUCAAAUUGAAAAACACUAUCUUGAUAAUGUACAACGUGGACAAGACGGCCGCUUCUCGGUUGCACUACCUAAAAAAGAUAAUUUCGAUUUAUUGGGUCAAUCUCGUCAUCAAGCACUUGUGCGUUUUCAUUCUUUGGAAAAAAGACUUGCUACUAAUGCUGAAUUGCGUUCUCAAUACGUAGCCUUUAUGGACGAGUAUGAAUCUCUUGGUCAUAUGUCUCCUGUACCUGACAGUCAGCCUUAUGAAAAAUGUUUUCAUAUGCGUAUUUUCAAAACUAUUUCAUUCAACAAAAUAUUGGACUAUGAAGAUGCAACAACGUUCUCUGCUCAAGUGGAAGCGAUUUUGAAUUCCAGGCCUCUUAUCCCUCUUUCUGAGGACCCUGAAGACCUGCAAUAUAUUUCUCCCGGACAUUUUCUUAUUGGAAGGCCCAUUACUGCACUUCCAUUUCCGCUACCUGAGACAACUCAUAUAGAUCAUCGUUCGCGCUGGAAAAAUCUUGCUCUAGCUACGAAAGAGCUCUGGAAAAAAUGGUCAACGGAAUAUCUCGUUACCCUACAAACUAAAGCAAAAUGGACUGAGGAAUCUGAAAAUCUCAAGGUGGACACCAUCGUAUUACUCAAAGAUCCUGGCACUGUUCCUUCUACAUGGCGUUUAGCACGCAUUGUUGAACUACACCCUGGAAAAGACCAGAAGGUGCACGUUGUUACGGUACUUACGGAAACUGGACUUUUCAAGCGUGCUAUCUCUAGCAUCGCUCCUCUGCCUCAAGAAGAAGAAUUAGAUUAGGUUAGUUAUCACUUAUGUCUUAUUUGCAUAUUCUCAAUUAUAUUUGUCUUUUUUUUACGUUGGCUUUUACCGAUGUAUGUUGUCAGAUGCUCAUUUUUUUAGCAUUUAUCUGAUUUUUGUAUUGUGUCUAAUCAUCCUUCCAUUCAUUUUUUCGUCCAAUGGCAUGGCGUCGGACGCUAGCAUCGCUCCUUCAUUAUCAUCAAUUUGCAAUAUUGUUAGUUUUUAUUGUCAUAUUCAUAUCUUCCUUCUAUUUGGAAUUUCUUGUAUAUUUAGUAAUUGGUUUAUCUGCGUAUUUCGAUUAAGUCCUUUGAAUUUGUUUCCCAUUAGUGAUUCUGCAUCAUUUUUAAAUAUAUCUGCCAUUUCAGCAGAAAGUGGAUUUUUGUUCGAUCUUGUCUAUUUUUGUCAUUUGACUUGUCUUUUGUCUAGGCACAUUUUCUUGUAGAUACCUUGUAUCAAAUUUGGUUUAUGCCUCCUGCUCCUGUCGUGAGCCUCUCUAAUCACCAGAUUUAACAUAAUUGUUGUUUUUGUUUGCUCACUUUUUUUCUUUUGAGACAUCCUUGAUGCCUCA